GGGUAUGAGCUUUGAUUAUUGGCAACAAGAAGAGGAAUAUGAAGAAGAACCGGAACAAAGCUACACAAUCCAUGACGUUCCCUCAAAAAUCUACAAAGUUCAAAGAAUGCCGAUAAUGCUGUCAUCGGCCCCAUCGUCAGCUACACCGACGGUUUCCUAUCAAAUCAAGGACAAAAACGCACCUGGUGAAGCGAUUUGUGCUGUUUGUGGCGAUGGACAUGCAAAGCUCCAUUAUGGGGUGCUUGCCUGCUAUGGGUGCAAGGGUUUCUUUCGGCGGACGCUGACCGGAAAAUAUCGUUAUGCUUGUAGAUUUGGUAACAACUGUGUUGUUGACAAGUUUCAACGAAAUAGUUGUCGAUAUUGUCGAUUCAAUCGAUGCAUCGAAGUUGGGAUGGACCCAAAGGCUGUUCGUCCUGACCGAGAUCUUACGGGUAAACAAAAAGUGCCGCGGAUAAGAAAAAAACCUAUUGACGAAGAAUUGUUGAGCCAUGUGUUGCGAUUGCAUGGAGAUGACUGGUCCAGGAAGCUCAACAACGACACCCGAAUAUUAUUACUACAACUUAUGAAUAUUGAAGCCAAGGUCGUCAAAGGUGACAACAAUAUGAGCAGUAAUAUGCAACCGUCAAAGGAUUCGAGAAAUAUUUCGUUAAAGGAGAUGUUCGAACAAAAGCCGUCAAUGGAUGGACGAAGAACAGAGAUGAGGUACGAACCUUUUCGAAUGGCUCGGACAGAGGAGCUCUCCGAAAUCGCUCAUCGAAGAGCAAUCGCUGCUGUAGACUGGGUAGAUAGCCUGACGGAAAUCGCAGAGGUGGCCGAAACGGAAGACAAGGUAGCACUCGUAAAAUCCUGCUACUCUCCGCUGACCAUUUUCAACUUCUCAGCACGAACAGCUCAGAACACUCCGAAUCCCGACAUUCUUUGCUUGUGUAGUCAUUCCUACGUCCCACGACGCCUACCACCGGAGUUCAACGAGACAAACCAUCUCUCAAAUGUGCUUAUUGACCGGACGCUGAACGAGCUUGUGGCACCACUGCGAAAGCUGAACCUUAAAGAAGAAGAGAUCGUACCGCUAAAGGCAAUCAUUAUCUUGAAUCCGAAUGCAAAAGGACUGUCUGACCGAGCCAAGGUUGCCAUCGGCGAACUUCGCGACAAAGUGCAGGAUAUGCUGUUUCAAAUAGUUAAAGAACUGCAUCCGAUCUACACAGCAAGCAGUCGUUUUGGGAAUCUACUUCUUCUACUGCCUACCAUUACUACCCUUUCGGGACUGAUGAGCGAGAACAUGCAGUUUUGUCAAGCGUUUGGGGGUCGACAAAGUGGUGAUCCGCUGCUGUCAGAAAUGUUCGGCGACUUCAAGUCAAAAUUCGAUGACUCAACAAUUUCUUCGACGUCGAUAAGCCCACCGCUUUAUGAGAAUCCAGCGGAGAUUUCACUUGAGUCGAUUCCUUCCUCAUAUAUGGAUCCACCGUCGUUGGCAUCAUCGAUGCGAAAUCGUCUAACUCAGCAGCCCCAGCAACCACAACAGCAGCGGAAGUCAGAUGCCUGUACUCAAACGGAAGAACUUCAGAACGUUGAUGCUCCAACCUUGAAACGAACGUCGAAUUCGCUUAUUGGUGGAGGAUAUGCUCCUUCUGUCGAUUCGUUCCCUGUCUCCCUGGAUCCAAGCUUUUCGAAUCUGCUAGACGAUGACCUCGGCGACCCUGCCUUUUCCCCCACAAGCGAUAUCAACCUCAUCGACCUCGGGCAUUGCGAUGAUUUCUUUGGACCCGACUCUAUCAUGACGGACGAUUCUCACAGCUCUUCCUGGAGACUUUCUAGGUAG